AUGGCCUCGGCCGCGGCCAAUACCAAUGAGGGCAGGCCUAAGGCAAAGCCCAGCGCCUUGCGCUCAAUCAUAGCAGGGUCAACAGCUGGAGCGGUUGAAAUCGCCAUUACGUAUCCAUUCGAUCUCCUCAAGACACGGUCGCAACUCAAUCGCCGGUUACCAGAUGCGAAGCGGGUGCCACUACCCCGGUUUCCCUCGAAAGAGUGGUACACAGGUUGCACGACUGCGAUUGUCGGAAAUGCAGUCAAGGCUGGGGUGCGGUUCCUCUCGUUCGACACGUACAAACAUCUCCUAUCAGACGCAGAUGGAAACAUAUCUGGGCCUCGGACUGUAGCCGCCGGGUUCGGCGCAGGCAUUACAGAAUCUCUGUUGGCGGUUACGCCGUCGGAGUCGAUUAAAACCCAAUUAGUAGACGAUGCGAAGCGCCCGCAGCCACGUAUGAGGGGCUUCAUUCACGGAUCGACAAUCAUUGCAAAGGAGAAGGGAUUCCGAGGCUUCAUGCAAGGCUUUAUUCCCACAACGGCCCGCCAGGCUGCGAACAGCGCCGUCCGCUUCAGCACGUACACGAGCCUCAAACAGUUCGCCGAGGGCUAUGUGGCGCCUGGGGAAAAAUUGGGCUCUCUUACGACCUUUGGGCUGGGCGGGCUUGCCGGUAUCGUGACGGUCUAUGCGACCAUGCCGCUAGACACGGUCAAGACACGGAUGCAGAGUUUAGAAGCAACGAAGCUCUACAAGAACAGCCUUCACUGUGCGGCGCAGAUCUACAAGAACGAAGGCAUAUUGACCUUCUGGUCUGGCGCACUGCCUCGUCUCGGCCGGCUUACCCUGAGCGGCGGUAUCGUGUUUACAAUGUAUGAGAAAACUAUUGAGCUUUUGGACCUGGUAGACCCGGACAGGAAGUACAUCUAA